AUGGCUAGUCAUUACUUCUGGUAUGCAGGUUCAGACAUCCAGAGAUCUCAAGAGGGUUUGCUUCGGUCCCUCCUCUGCGACAUCUUCCAGCAAGCCCCAGAGCUCAUCCCGAUUGCCUGCCCUGAACGAUGGGACAAAAGUGAUGCCUUGGUCGAGAAGGAGGAAACUGACAAAGCCCCUUGGACCCUGGCGGAGCUACAGGAAGCGAUCGAUAGGAUUGCGAAGCAACCAGAGCUAAGUGUCAAUUUCUGUUUCUUUAUCGAUGGGCUGGACGAGUUCAGUGGUCAGCAUUUGCAGAUUUGCAAGUCACUUCUCAAGCUCUGUGCAUCCGGCAACAUCAAGUUAUGUCUUUCGUCUCGACCUUGGAAUAUCUUUGAGGAGAGCUUUGGCAGAAUCCCUGACCAGAAAAUCUAUAUCCACGAACUCACUAAGGAAGAUAUUCGAAAAUAUGUCGAGGAUAUCUUGUGCAGCCACCCUCGCUGGCAAACGUUGCUGCUCGAGUCCAAAAAGUCGGCCGCCCUUGUCAACGAGGUUACUGUCAGGGCUCAGGGGGUCUUUCUUUGGGUAUUCUUGGUGACGAGGCUUCUCAGAGAUGGCUUGACAAACUGCGAUACCCUCGGCGAUUUGCAGAGGAGACUGGAUCUCCUUCCUUCCGACUUGGAACCCUUCUUCCGACACAUGAUGGACUCAGUCGAGCCAUUCUAUCAUGAAAAGAUGUCGGAGAUGCUUCAAAUGGCCGUCAAGGCCGGAAAGCCGCUGCCAUUUGCCGUCUGCUACUUUCACGACCAGGAAUACGAAGACAGCAGCUACGCUCUAGGGGAGCCAAUUACGCUUUGGGAGCCCGAGAUGCUCAACAAGAUACACAACAUAGUUAUGCGGCGACUCAGCGCGAGGUGUAUGGGGCUCCUAGAGGUAAAUGGGGGCAAAAUCGAGUUCCUUCAUCGGACACCUAUGUCGCCUGGGUGA